AAACAACAAUUAACGUAUUAAAAAUGACCGCUAUGCUUUUUCUUAUAAAUUUAUGUUUCUUCUUUGGCGUCUUAUCGCUAUCAUUGAUAAGAUGUUCUACGGGGAUAAAUUUCAGAGACCUGAAAUUUGCUUACAGGAAAGAGGUACCUUACUACGAUGGAAACGAGACUUUGUUUAGCACAACCAGUCGGUCUUUCAUCGCUUCAUACGGACGAUGUGCCGUUCAGUGUAUCGAGGAUCUGAGCUGCAACGCCUUAGAACUGUGUUCCGUAUCAGGUGUGUCUGAGUGUAGGGCAACCACCGGUCUGAUGAAGUCAGGGUCUCAAACAAACAGGACUGAGAUGUGUAAACAAUAUGCAAUGGACUUUUCUUGUGGGGACGACGCCUUUUCAGAUAGGAGACAGGGUCUGUGUAUAUUUGACGACUGUUCGGACUGUGAUUGUGUCAGACAAUAUAAGACAAUAUCUGGAGGGUAUGGUUUGAACAUUGACGGGAAGCUUGUGUUUGUUUUAUGUGAAUUUGAACCAAAUCAGACCUGGACGGUUAUUCAGAAUAGACAUAAUGGAUCUGUUGACUUCGGUAGAACUUGGCCAGAGUACACAAAUGGAUUUGGAUUUGUGCUAACAGAGUACUGGAUAGGAACUGAAUAUAUCCAUCGACUGACUCUGUCUGGAUUGACCACCGUAAGAAUUGAUCUGGAAGACUACGACGGUAACAAAAGAUAUGCAGAGUAUAGCUUUUUCAAUGUGUCUGAUGGGAACGAUCACUAUAGACUGACCGUAUCAGGAUAUUCCGGAACUGCGGGUGACAGUAUGUCAUCGAUUGUUGGAGAUGAGAAGGCUGAUGGAGAGAUGUUUAGUACAACUGAUAAAGACAACGACCGAGCAAACUCAAACUGCGCUGCACAAGGAAGAGGGGGUUGGUGGUAUGGGAAAUGUACUUUUAGCAGCUUAAAUGGCGAAUAUGACAAUAACAGCAAGUUUAAAGGAAUCAACUGGCAAACAUUUAAAGGAAUGAGCUACUCUCUGAAGGCGUCAAAAAUGAAGCUGAGGAGACUGUAGACUAUACUGGUCAACUUAAAAGUGACGUCAAACAAUUAUAAAUGGAAAUCGUUUGUUAUCUACUUAAUAAUUUUUGACAAAGUUUGAAAGGAAAUAACAAUAGUAUUACAUUUUUGAAAUCAUAAAGGAAUCGAUAUUUGUGUAACCUUUUUUUUUUAAUCUAUCAUAUAUAACAUGAUGCUGCUGCAUUUUUUUUUUAAUUCUACGUGUCAUAUGUACCCAAAAGCGUAUAUAAAUAAUCUUACAUGAAUAAUAUAUACGUAUUAUUGAUACAAAUUUUAGAUUUCUAUUAUAAUCACAUGUUCAUUUCACAUAAGUGUAUGCUGUAACAUGUGAAAAGACAUUCCUUAUACACGUUCCUUGAUGUUGUAUUGUAAUGAGGUUGAACAUGCUCAAAAUAUACUGCAUCGUCAGUGACCCACGUGUGAUUCACAUCGAUUCUCUCCAUCAUCACCCGUUUGAGGAAACUUGUGGACUCAAAACCGUGGUUUGCGACGAUGAACAUACUGUCGCCUGUGUGAAACCAGUAUUGACUUAAGGCUUUAUUUUAUUCUAUUUAAAACGCGUUAGUAUCUUUUAUUAAUAUUUUUUACUGGCAAUUUUUUUUCUUCAGAAAAGUCCCUUACACGUAUAGUAUAAAGUGUGUCAUUGAUCUAGUUGUUUGAAAGUUGAUUUCCUCAUUACAUAGAAGUGUCUUUCGUAUCCAAUAGUUAUGUUAUUGAUAUUAAUCGAAUGUGGGUUUUUUUUAUUUAUAAGUAAAACCAUCCUUAAGUAAUACUGUUUGUCCAACACAGUGUUCACGACUUUUAAAUAGAAAAGAUUUUCAUUGAAAUAUUCAUAUUUUUUUUCCCAAAGGAAAAAUUAAAAAUGUAUUUUUCUUGUAAUUCAAAACUUGGACACUUUAGUAAUAUUUUCUAUUAUUAUGGAUUUAAUUGCUAUAUGAUGGUAACAGAAUUUAUGGUGUGCUUACACAAUCGUUGCUAAAAUUCUGUAUUUUUCUUUAAAAUAAUAAGUGAUAUGCACUUAUUUUUUUUUUUAUUUGUAUUCAUUUGUUGUUUUAAUAAUAUCUGUAUUGGAAAUCAUUCUCUUCAACGAACAUUACUUGUAAUUAUACUUUCAUGUUAAAUACUGAAAUCUGAUUCGAUUAGACGCAGUUGGUAAUCUGUUAUAUUACCCUAGGCGUUAGCAACAUACUUGUCAACGGGUAACACAACGAAUUGUUACAUGCUCGUAAAUUAUUCAUUUCUUUAUAAAAGCAGUAAAAUUGUCUUAAAAAUUAAGACAUUCAGUAUAAUAAAAUACA